CAGGUGAUCAUCCACGAUUGUACCCCACUCGAUGAUCGCCCUUCUGACAUCCUCGCACUCACCGCUCACCUCACUUGCUGGUUUCACCGGAUCAGCUUCGCACAGGCUGACCGAACAUACCUUUGCCGCCGACCUGCGAGAGUCGUCACGAGACUCUGACAAUCUGCUUUUGCCAACAGGGCGGCACAUCAUUGCUCACAGGCUGUCAUCUUGGCGUCGCUGCUUCACUCUUGUUGCAGUCGGUGAGGCUCAGCCAAGAAUCUGAGUCAA